ACCUGGCUCACGAGUAGGCUAUACCGGGCUCUCGUCUGAACAACUACCGGAGCAGCUAAGGAUCGUGGGAGAUGUGUGCAUACACACUUAGCGCCGUGCAAUUUACCCUUGAUGCUAUUUUUCCCGGUGAUUUCUUGACUUGGCCUCGAGAUUGGCCGCCAUGCCAGUAUGUAUGUAUCAGUAGUAGGUGCCUUAUCUUGCUUUUCUUGAGGCUGCACAACACCACGGUACCGACAUCGCAAAGGCAGACACCAGACAGCGCACCAUCGAGACAUGUAGACUUCGUGUUUUAUCUUGCAAUUUCUGCGAAGCAUCCAAUCACCGUUAUUCUCUAUGGCCUUCCUGAUUCGUCUUACUGCACCUUCCAUGAAAGGCUAAAUUCGGUUAGUAUACUCGACAAGCAUUCCAGUAUCCGUCUUAUUCUCCUUCUCGGCGUGCCUUGAUCACGCGUUCUUUUGCCCUUUUACGCUUUCCUAGUGCAUAGGCGCAUGCUUUUGCUGUUGUUGCCGCCGUCCAGACGAGCUAACCAUCACGCCCGCAUCGCCUUUGUGGUCUGACUACUCCAGACGUUCACAUGCUGUCUGAUCCACGGUCAUGUGUUCUGCCCAAAAGCUCCGAUAAGGUGCAUGUGGGGUCGAAGGAUUCCUCCUCCACCACUUCUCUCGUCUGUGAUGUAGACUACAUUUCGGUAUGCACUCAAUCUACUACCCCCGGCCCAGGUAGCAUCACAAGCGGCGAAGCCCUUUGUAACGUGGCUUUUGGUCCCCCCGCGCUCGUGUCGGUUACAUCCAGCCUUCUUCUGCACAUGUACGCUUGACUAGCCCGUCUUCAACAAUCACGCUGUCGGACUGGGUUGUGCGCUCACUGGAUACUCGAGUACGAUGUAGAUCUUUGCUGUAUGCUACAACAACCUUCCUAGGGACUCUGAAUAUGCCCAGAAUUCCUAGCAGCAUGCUUCAGCCUGUACUGGACACUAAGGGCAGGUACUUCACUACACCAUGACUAUCAUCCCUGCCUACAUCCAUCUCACUGUCUGACUGGACGAUAGCAGUAUUUCCAUCCUCUGACCUUAUCGCCAGAGACACUUUCUGCAUGUCCCACGAUGAUCUUGGAGUGUGCAAAUGUUCUGCCUCUUGCAGUGAAUCAAUCCAUUUCCGCAAGGACUGACUGCUACGUCCUUCCGAGUGCAAUACCGUAGGGGUGAAUGCCCGCCCCGACCUGUGUCCGUACGGGUCGCUGUUCGGAGUAUGCAAUUAGUCACUAAAUGUAUAGUAAGUAGAGUGCUGUAGGCAAGUUGGAUCCUCAUCUGGAAGCUGUUUGUUAAAGCCGGCGGAACCGUUACUGGCUCGCUUCCCGGAUC